AUGUUGGCUGGUAUCCGCUCGCUCUGUGCUGUGCUUGCGGGAGCCUUGACGUUGGGUGGUGUGGGUGUUCUUGCCCUCGUCCCGGCGUUCAAGCCCGCGCUGCCGCCGACGCUGCCACCCGUGCCCGCCAACCUCCCGAGCGCGCCUGCCAACACUGGUGCGCAUGGAGCCGUGCCUUCCUUGCCUGCCGGCAUCUCCGCGCUCCCUGCGCCGCCCCAGUGGGCGGACGCGAGGCUGGACGACUACCGCCCGUCAAAGGUGCGGCUUGCGUACCGCGGCGAUACGGGCAUGGCGGUGUCGUGGUCGACGCAUCGCCAGCUGCCCGUGCCCGCGGUGCUGUACGGCAAGACACCUGCAGCGCUCACGAGCAUCGCGACGUCGACCGACUCGGUGACGUACAAUACCAGCUCCUACUACUCGAACCACGUCGUCUUGGACCAACUCGAGCCGGGCACCAAGUACUACUACCUGCCCAUCCUUGGCGAUCCGCUCCGCGAUGUGCGAUCCUUCACCACCGCCAAGCCGCGCGGCGAUGAGACGCCGUACGCCAUCGCAGUCGUCGCCGAUCUGGGCACCAUGGGCUCGCUGGGCCUGUCGGACCACGUGCCUCCCGGCGCGGCCAACCCGCUGCGUACGGGCGAAGUGACGACGAUCCAGCGACUCGGCAUGGACAAGAGCCGGUUCGACCACAUCUUGCACGUCGGCGACAUCGCCUACGCCGACUACUGGCUCAAGGAGGUGGUGCUGGGCUACAUCAACGGCACCAUCGCCGCCGGCCCCGAGCUGUACGAGCAGAUCAACGAGGAGUUCUACGACGAGAUGAACGACAUCACCUCGUCGCUACCCUACCACGUGGCAGCGGGCAACCAUGAUAGCAACUGCGAUAAUUCGGGCUACAAGAACUACACCGAGGCCAUCUGUCCGCCUGCGCUGACCGGCUUUAUUGGAUACAACCAGCACUGGAACAUGCCCUCGUCGGUCUCGGGCGGGUUCAAGAACAUGUGGUACUCGUACGACGUCGGCAUGGUGCACUACGUUGUCUUUGACACCGAGACCGAUCUGGGAGAGGGUCUGGUGGGUCCCGAAGACGUGGGAGGUGCUUCUCAUGCUACCGACGGCCCGCUGGCGACGCCGUCGAAUGCGCAGCUGGAUUUCCUCAAAAAGGACCUGGCAGCCGUCGACCGUUCCAAGACUCCGUGGGUCGUUGCUGCGGGUCACAGGCCGUGGUACAUGGCUGCCAAAGCCUCGUCGCUGUGCACCGUGUGUCAGACGGCGUUUGAGCAGCUCUUCAACGAUGCCGGCGUCGACCUCGUGCUGAGUGGACACCAGCACAAUAUGCAGCGCUCCGGCCCUCUGGGACCCAAGGGCGCCAUCGACGCCAACGGACUUAACAACCCCAAAGCGCCGCUCUACAUCACCACGGGCGCCGCUGGCCACUUUGACGGCCUCGACGCCGCCGUGUCGCCGUACCCGGCCUACUCGCACUUUGUCAACGACACCCUCUACGGCUUCUCCACCGUAGCAUUCCACAACCGCACCCACCUGACGCACGAGUUUGUCAGCUCCGCCACAGGCGCGGUGCUCGACUCGGCUACGCUGUACAAGCAGCAUUGA